AUGAUGCGGGGCGGAAACCGGAAGAUGCGCCGGCAGAUGGACAAGAUGGGCCUUCAGAUGGAGGAGGUAUCAGACGUUCAGGAGGUCAUCAUAAAGACAGACAAGAUAGAGAUAAUCCUAUCAAAGCCCCAGGUAUCCAAGAUGCAGGCAAAGGAGGGCGGCGCCCUGUACACGGUCAGUGCGGACAACUACGAGGAGAGAGAGCUGGAGGUACAGAUAUUCUCUGAUGAGGACAUUAGGACUGUGUGCGAGCGGGCCGGCGUGGAUGAGGAGAGGGCAAAGGGAGCCCUUGCCGAGGCAGAGGGCGAUAUUGUCAAUGCCAUACUGCUGCUACAGUAG